AUGUUACAAUCGCUGUCAGGUGAACGUAACUUUCAACGAUCUCUCAUACAAUACCUCAACAAGUACGCUUAUGGAAAUGCUAAAGGUUCACAAUUGUGGAAAAUCGUCGAGAAACACGCCGUUCUUCCUCAUGGGGUCUCAAUCGCCAGCUUGGCAUCUGCUUACAUCACUCAAGUGGGAUGUCCGAUGAUUUACGUGACACUUUCGAACAACGAAAUUAUCGUGCAUAACCAGACUCGGCAUUUCUUCGAAGACGGUAUGAAGGAUGACACUGAGUGGCCAAUUCCAGUUCAUUACCGUACAGAUUCGCAACCUGAGUCCAGACUACAUUGGAUGAAUGUCGACCAUAACAAAGUAACUUGGCCAUUAGCUGAACAUUCCAAAUGGGUCAUCGCCAACACUGGCGGGUUCAAUGCGGCACUUGCAAAACAAACUGCGUGCCAACCAUACGAUAUUGGAGUCUACCUGGAUUUACUGCUCUAUGCAGAAGGUCUGACGUUGAUUGUCCUUUCUUAUUUCUCCGAAAACCCUUCGAAAUAG